AGCGCAUACCUACCAGUCCACGGUGAUGCGAGAAUUACCUGAGCUCUCCUCGUCCCCCAGUUUGUCGCGCCACCCAGGGCAAGUUGGCUCCACUGUCCUGUCCUGUCCUGUCCGGCCAGGCUUGCUGUCUAUCAUUCGUCAACAAAACAGUGUGAUUUCUUAAAAAACAUGGCCCUGAACAUGGAGAUUAGAUUGUGAGUGUCAAGAUGGUCUGAUGGACCGGUGCUUCUUCCUGACCUUUCUCAUCUGCUCCGCGUCGUGGAUCUUCUUCUGGGAAGUGCACUGGAAGAAAGGCAAAGAAGGCCAAAUUGAGGAAUGGCUACAGGGACACCGUCUUUCUCAGUACAAGCAUUUGUUUGAAGAUGUGCAGACCUUGGAGGAGCUGAGUUUGAGUGUCUUGAGUCGCCUGGAAGAGGUGGUGAAGGAACAGCAGAGCUGGAGGGAAAUUGCUGAGGCUCAUAUCCGGCUUCUUCAAGACUUUGCCUUCCAGGAGUGGCUUUGUUCCCAGAACUUGGAACACUUUUACCAUACGCUGAAGACUUUGGGUUAUAUGAAUCUGGAUGACCUGUCACAGUUUGACAGUCAGCUGCACCUCUCCCUAGCCGCCUGGGGGUAUUACUACGAAGACUACGUCAAGCUAUUUACUGGCAUCAAGAUCCUCCAGACCUCCAGGAGGAGUCGCGACCAGGACUACGAGAUCCAGCUUGUGCAUAGUCUUGCUGAGAGGCGUCUGAAUGAGAAGUGGUCAAUUGCGGGAGCGCUCCUAUUUGGCUGUACUGUGGCGCUGUGCUUCUUGAUAAGGGACCUCAUGUUUUACGUGAUUGGUGGAAUUACUGUUUCCAUCAUUGCAUUUGUCUUCACCAUCAAGUUCCUCUGUGAGCUUGCAGCCAGAGUUGUUAGCUUUCUGCAAAAUGAGGAUCCAGGUCGACGUGGGGACCGCAGCAUCUAUGACUAUGUGCGGGGCAACUACCUGGACCCACGCUCCUGCAAGGUGUCCUGGGAUUGGAAGGAGCCACAAGAAGUGGGGCAGACGAUGAGCUUCAGUGUCCAACUCUUCUAUAAAAACGGCCAGCCUUUCCCUGCACAUCGGCCCGUGGGCUUAAGGGUCAACAUCACCCACAUUGAACUGGCUCUGGAUAUCCCUGUUACGCAGGAGGUCUUGCAAGAACCAGAGUCCAAUGUGGUAAAAGUAGCUUUCACCGUGCGCAAGGCCGGCCGCUAUGAAGUUGCUGUCAAGCUUGGUGGCCUCAAUGUGGCCUACAGCCCGUACUAUAAAAUCUUUCAGCCAGGAACAGUUGUCCCAUCUAAGACCAAGAUAGCCUACCAUUUCUCUACGCUGGUGCUAACACACAGCCAGCAGCAUACUCUGCAAAUUGAGCCCAGGGACGAAUAUGGAAACCCCACAAGUAACUCUACAUCGCUGACAGAUGAGGCAAACUACAGCGUCCAUGUGCACUCUCUGGGCACAGUGGACGAUGACAGUAUGGAGGGCCAAUACAGUAAGACGGUGUCCCUCAACAAGCAGCAGUGUCAGGUUCUGAUGAGACUGACCCUGUGGAAGACUGGCUGUUUCAGAGCCCGCAUCUCCUAUCAGGAUCAGCCACUCAGCAACGGGGAGUUUGACAUUAUUGUUCUCAAUGAGAAUGAGAAGGCCUGUGUGGAGAAAAAUGUGUCCACGCCAGGCAUCAGCAUCUAUUUCGAGGCGUACCUCUACAGCAGCGGCAACUACAGCAGCUGCUCGUGGCAACUACCGGCCUCCUCUCUGCUGGCUCCCCAGAGGAGGCCGUCCACGGCAGAUGAGGAGGACGAGCACGACUCUCCUGUGGAGGGGCAAUCUGAAAAGGUCAAGAAACCAAAAAAGGUCUACUGUUACAUAUCGCCAAAGCAACUGUCUGUGAAGGAGUUCUACCUGAAAAUUAUUCCAUGGCGCCUUUUCACCUUUCGAGUAUGUCCUGGAACAAAGUUUAGCUAUCACGGUCCAGACCCUGUUCACAAGUACCUAACCCUUGUGGUGGAUGAUGGGAUCCAGCCGCCGGUGGAGCUUAGCUGCAAAGACAGAAACGUCAUGGCUGCCACCUUCAUCCGUUUUCUACACAAAAACAUUGGUGGCUCUGAGACGUUCCAGGACAAAGUGAACUUCUUUCAACGUGAACUCAGGCACAUCCACUCCAAGAGACCUCGCACCAAGACUUGCCUAAAAAUCACCCGCCACUUGAUUCUCGAUUCAUCCCUAAAGGCAACACGGAACUUCUCGGUGUCAGACUGGAAUAAGAACUUUGAGGUUGUUUUUCAGGAUGAGGAAGCUCUGGACUGGGGAGGUCCUCGCAGAGAAUGGUUUGAGCUCAUAUGCAAGACCCUCUUUGACACCUCCAACUACUUAUUCACUCGCUUCAGCGAUAACAACCAGGGCCUGGUGCACCCAAAUCCCGAGCGACCGCCACACCUGCGGCUGAAGAUGUACGAGUUUGCCGGCCGUAUUGUGGGGAAGUGCCUGUAUGAGUCUGCGCUGGGCGGGGCUUACAAACAGCUAGUCCGAGCUCGCUUCACACGCUCCUUCCUGGCCCAAAUCAUUGGCCUAAGGAUGAAUUACAAGUACUUUGAGACGGAUGACCAAGAGUUCUACAAGACCAAAGUGUGCUUCAUCCUGAACAAUGACGUGAGCGAAAUGGACCUGGUGUUUGCUGAGGAGAAGUAUAGCAAGUCGGGACAGCUGGAAAAGGUUGUGGAGCUGAUCUCAGGGGGAGCCCACAUUGCUGUUACCAAUGAAAACAAGAUGCAUUAUCUCAACCUGCUGGCCCAGUACAGGCUGGCCAGUCAGGUGAGAGAUGAGGUGGAACAUUUCCUGAAAGGUCUGAAUGAACUGGUUCCAGAAAAUCUGCUAGCCAUAUUUGAUGAGAACGAGUUGGAGCUGCUGAUGUGUGGCACCGGAGAUAUAAACGUGCAGGACUUCAAGACCCACGCUGUGAUCGUCGGGGGAUCGUGGCAUUUUAGGGAGAAGGUGAUGAAGUGGUUCUGGGCAGUGGUAUCCAGCUUCACUCAGGAGGAGCUGGCUCGCCUCCUGCAGUUCACCACUGGCUCCUCCCAGCUGCCUCCUGGAGGAUUCAACACUCUUUGCCCCUCUUUUCAGAUCAUUGCAGCCCCCACACACAGCACCCUACCCACUGCACAUACCUGUUUCAACCAGUUGUGCCUCCCCACCUACGACUCGUACGAGGAGCUGCACAAGAUGCUGAAGCUGGCCAUCAGCGAGGGCAGCGAAGGCUUCGGCAUGCUCUGAUGGGUGCUGCCUUUACACCACCCAUCAGGAGAAGCCAGCCACGCGCAAUGCCGUCUUCUUUCCUCUGCAUUCAUCUGCUUCUAAGAUCGCUGGUGGAGAAUCAUCCAUACUCCUUCUGAACUCUUGUUAGGAUAAGAAGGGUGUCACAUGAGGAUGACCGCGCUGGAAUCAUAUGAGCUCAUGUAUGUACGUAUAUACUGUAAGUCCCCUUUUUUAAAAAAAAAAAAAAAAAAAGGAAAAGGAUCACACAAACUGCAGAAAAGGGUGAGAUAUGAGUUUCUUUCAUUUCUUAAUCCUGACGUUAGCUGACUUUUAUAUACUGUAAGUGAAAGUGAAUGACACUAGAGCAAAGGCCUUGAGUAUUCUUGCAUAACUGAGGAACACUAAAGUGCAGCAGCAGCUCACAUGUGAUGUCGCUACUGUCUGCAUCUCCAGCACUUUGGCCUUAAACCAUCAGGGACUGAUGUGUGUUUGUAAAUAUACAAUGUCACCCUUUUUUCUUUUUUUUAUGUACCUGUACAUACUAGUGUACACGAAGGAGCAUUAGGGCCAAAAAAAAAAUCGAAAAUGUACAUGUUUUUUUUUUUAUAUUCUGACUUUAUUCUUGCGAUGUUACAAGAGAACAAAAUUCCAUUCCAUUCCAUUCCAUUUUCCUCCGCUUAUCCGGGUCCGGGUCGCGGGGGCAGCAGUCUCAGUAGGGAAGCCCAGACUUCCCGGUCCCCGACCACCUCCUCCAGCUCCACCGGGAGGACACCGAGGCGUUCCCAGGCCAGCUGUGAGACAUAAUCCCUCCAGCGUGUCCUAGGUCUUCCCCGGGGCCUUCUCCCGGCUGGGCAUGCCCAAAACACCUCACCAGGGAGGCGUCCGGGAGGCAUCCGGACUAGAUGCCCGAGCCACCUCAGCUGGCUCCUCUCGAUGUGAAGGAGCAGCGGCUCUACUCUGAGCUCCUCUCGGAUAACCGAGCUCCUCACCCUGUCUCUUAGGGUGAGUCCCGCUACCCUACGAAGAAAACUCAUUUCAGCUGCUUGUAUCCGCGAUCUCGUUCUUUCGGUCAUGACCCAUGGUUCUCAGUCGGAAAAGGGUGGAUUGCUCCCUCCGGGUUGGGAAUGAGGUCCUGCCCCAGGUGGAGGAGUUCAAGUAUCUCGGGGUCUUGUUCACGAGUGAGGGAAGGUUGGAGCGUGAGGUCGAUAGGCGGAUCGGCGCAGCGUCUGCAGUAAUGCGGUCGCUGUACCGGACCGUCGUGGUGAAGAGAGAGUUGAGCCGGAAGGCAAAGCUCUCAAUUUACCGAUCGAUCUAUGUUCCCACCCUCACCUAUGGUCAUGAGAACAAAAUGUAUUAUUUAAAUAGGAAUAGUUUUCCUGUCUUGAGAAUAAUGUCAAAAUAUUGAGAGAAUAGUCUUAAUUUUCUGAUUACAAGAAUAAAGUGUUAAUUUAAGUCGUACAAAUAAAGUUUUCAUGUUAUGAGAAUAUUUAGUUGUCAAAAUACUGCAAGAAUGAAGGCAUUUUUUCUUUUUUCAAGAAAAAUGAAAAUAAAACUACAUCUUUUUUCCUUGUAUUACGUAAAAUAUAUAGAUUAAUAUAGAACAUAUAUUAAAGUUGGAAUUUUUGCAGAAAAGAGAAAAGGCAUUUGUUCUUAUAAUACAAUAUGUUUGUCUUGGAAUAGUACGUGCAAAAAAAAUACAGCAAUAAUGAUUAAUAGUACAAAAUUAAUAGUACCAAAAGGAAAUUAAAAUAUGGUGACAAAUGGGAGAAAACAAUCACUAUUUUUCUCUUAAAAUUCCUUUUUGUUCUCAUAAUAUUACGGCAUUUUAUUGUCUUAAAAGUGCUUAGCUAUAAAAGAAUAAACAAUAUUAGAAGCAUGAACUUACAUGUAACAUUGAGACAACUAUUCUCAUAAACUAAAAACAACUAGUCUCAUAAUGCAAUAUUUUUAAUCUAACCUUAUUCUUGCUCUAUUUACAGUAUAUACAAUGGAUACAUUUCUACAUUUAAUCCAUUAUUCUUCUGACAGUACAACUUUAUUCUUGUGAUACAGUAUAACUUAAUUUUUUUGGAACGUUACAUAUUUAAAAGUUAACAACUUUUUCCGAAUAUGUCAAUUUAUUGUCAUCAGUGCUGCCCUAAUCCUCUUUCGUACUUUAGGUUUUCAUUGCGGAGAAGAGAUUAGAUUACGCUAGAUGUUUAAUUGGUUGAACGUUAUCUUAUUUUUUGGGGGUGGGGAGGUUCAGAUUUUAAGAAUCCAUUGUGUUGUUUAUACGGUAUAUGUUUUUAAGUUAUUGUGCCGUGAGGAAAUGUAUGUUUAGCCACUAAGUUGUGAAUAAGGAGCAGUUACAAGUUUUGUGUUCUUUUUAAAGCCUGCCUUAUUCAUGCUUGGCCUCUGAUUGUAUCCAGACAGGUGCGAAGGCGAGCGGAGCCAACAGCAGUCCAUAACAGCUAAGUGGUAGAGCAUUUCCUGUUGGCACACGCAAGGCUAACACUGGAAAAGAAUCACUUGGUCUACAUUCACAGCCUCUGAUAGGUUUACCUCAGAAGCUUCCAGGCCGCCUAAGCAUCCUCUGACACAGGUGUACAGUGGGUCUGAGCAAACACGCACAUACAAGUUCAUAGUUGCCUCCCUACCUGUCCCCAAUACACAGCCAGCCAUUCAGUUGCACUGAAGCAUGUUGUCUACACACCCUAUUGUCUCGUAUUUAUUUUGAAUAUAUUCUGAGCCAGCAUUACUGUUCUCUUUUGGCUGAGCUGUUCUCUUGUUGAGUUGAAAUGUUCCAAAUGCUGUUUGUAAUCCCAUUAGCUGUUUGUAAAGUCAAGCAGCCCUCAAGGCUUACUGAAUGUAGUGCUUCAAGUUCUGCCGUGUAACAAGAAAGAGAUUUAACACUGGAACUUUUAACGGGGCGUGCUGGCCUUUUUUAAAAGUUUGUGCAAUGCAGGUCAAUUAAGAACAAAUUUAAAGUGCUUAAAAUGGAACUUGAGCACUUGUGGUGUGCUGAAAGCAUAUUUAUUGUUAACAUUGGUAUCUUAGAUGAACUUGUAAAUCGACGACAUUACGUAUACAGUAUCGAAUUAACAAACAUGAAGGGGAUGUGUGCAUCAUAGUUUGCAUUCUUGUUCUUAGUGAUUUCCUCUCACUAACCAUCAUUUCUAGAUUAGAUGGCCUCGGUGGCUAUUAGCUAUAAUGUCGAUUUUUAAUGUCGAGUUGCCUAUUACAUUUAAAGAUGAUCUUUUUUUUUUAUGGCAAGCCUAUGAAUGUGUGAGAUGUGUGAGAUGAAUGUGUUAAUGGGAAUAAAAAAAAACUGAUGGACUUAAACCUUGAAAAA